AAUACACUGAGAAAGAAGACAGGACACUAACUAGAGCUUCUGCACUGUAGACCAAAAUCACUUAAAGGACCUGCGCCCAAACUCCUCCAUAGUACUCAGGCUGUCCCUAUUGUCUCCAUAGAUAGAAUACUGAGGACCAUGAAGACCCCUCUCUGGUCUCUGCUGCUGCUGUGUCUGUGUGUCCCGGGACACUGUAGUGAAUGCCAUGGGGACUGCCUGGCCUGUGGUCGCAUCCUGCCGCAGGAGAUCAACUUCAACACACUGGUGUGUCUGGUGGAGUGUGAGGGUAACGUGUCCCCUGCCUUCACUUGGGACAUGUGCCGCAAGGCCUCAGCCUCCCCACAGUUACCCUCCCUGCCCAUAGCGGGCGCUGCCAUGCUGACCCGGGCCCAGAAGGAGGUGGAAGCCAUGCUGCCAGAGGAAGAAGAGGAACAGGGGGAAGGGGGGCUGAUGUACCCAGUAGCCCUGCAGAGGUUUGACCACGUGGUCCGUGCUCUGGGCAUAGACGAGUUGGGCAGUGAGAGCCGGCUAACCGCUGAUGUCUACAACUCCCAGCUGCCCCAGGAAAUGCAGGAAAGGGACGAGGAAGAGGGGGGCGAGGAAGAGGGGGAUAACGCGAUGGAGAGAGAGCAGGACGGAGCGGCGGGGAUAAGUCUGUCGAAGCGCUUCGGGGGGUUCCUGAAGGGAAGGCAUGGCUACAGGAAGUUGAUGGGCCCCGGGAGGCCCUUGCAGAAGCGCUACGGCGGGUUCAUAGGCGUCCGGAAAUCUGCCCGCAAGUGGAACAACCAGAAACGGUUCAGUGAGUUCCUGAAGCAAUACCUGGGCAUGAGCACCCGAGCUAGCAAGUCCUACAACAGCGUCUCCGCUGACAUCACCCAACAGAACAAGGUGUAGCAACGCACACGGCAACUGUAUCCCUGGCAAUGACGCACAUGUCGUAACCUAGCAACCCCCAAACCCGCCCUACAUAUUCAAGUCCAUCACCAAGGUGAUGAUUAAACUUCUGUUCUGAACACAACCCCUCAUGAAAAUCCACACUGGAGCAUUAUAGAUUCAGUCUUGUAUACUGCAUUUCCUCAUUGAUAACAAUAACAUAUUAUGAAUAAAAACGAAGAAAAUAGUAUUAAAAAGACCAUGUAUAUAGCUAAAUGGUUUAUCAGAGAAUCACAUUGGAUUAAUAUUAUAGACACACGAACACACUGUAUUUGUUUUGCUGUCUAUACUGCAUCUGUAAUGUAACUUUUCAAACCAUGUUUGCCUUCAUCAAUUAUGGCUAUUAUUAUUACAUAGGCUAAUUCAGUGUAAACUUCAUGAAUUUAAAUGACUUACUAGUGAAGUUUCCAUGGAUUUCCUGAAGCAGUACAGUACAUGAGAGGGAGCUUGUUUGGUGACCGGGCAAGGCACUCCCUUUGUUAGGUUACCCUCUAGUGGCUAACACAAAAAUGACUUUCAGAUUUCCAAUUGAAAAUGCGCUAAAAUAUGUUCAUGAUUAUCUUAUAUAAUAUAUAUUAUAACACAAUCUCAGUAUUAGGUUUGUGGAUGGCUUGUAACCUAUUCACAUCUUCAGAACUAUUCUCCAAACUUCAACAAUUUCAACCCUGGCUACUAUAAUUUGGAGCAAAACAUCACAAUUAACUGUUACUACUGCGUAAGACAUAUGAUAUAUCCAUGCUCAUGUACCAAUGAUCUGAUGGCAAAACUAAUGUUCUGACUUGAGAAUGAACCUUGGCAUGUGUUUUUUGAAGCGGACGCAGAUGUAGCCAAUCAGUUCACGUGUUAACCAGCGAUAGCAGACAUCUGCAUAGUGCAAGUUUUGACGGUGUUGGAGGUGGAACUGCGACGGAGCUGUCAAAUCUGUGAGCAACUGCUCUUGCCAUCAUUGUCACCAAGCCACACCCGCCCCACUAGUGUUAAAAGGUAAGAGAAAGUGUCGGCCAUGCUUCCCCAACUGGCGGCCCAACAAUUCAAGUAAAAUAAUUUAACAUAAAAGACAAAACAGCAGCAAAUCAGCUCCAAGUGAUUUAAAUUGAGGAAAUCUGUUCCAAACUACUCCCACACAUAGAUAUGUGAUCAUAUACAAAUGUAAGAAACGUUAUGUUUUAGUCAAACGUUACAUCUGUUUGGGCUUCUUGCAUUAUUUGUAAUUAUGUUCAGGCCCCCAGACCAUCUGCUCAAGAAAAAAAAAAGGAAAAAAAUCAGCCCGUGACUGAAUAUAGUUGAUGGUCCCUGGUGUAGGCUAUAAAGAAAUAGUUACUCUUACAUUCCAGUGUUCCAACUUGUAACCAAGGCUGCAUGGGAUUUCUCUUAAUGUACCUCCGUACAGCCAAUGACAAUAUCCGCUUUAGGAUGAAUGCCAGGAGCCGCUUGUGGAGUUGGCAUUUCUGACGCAGAUCCACCUCCAACACCACCAAAACAUUGAAGAGAGACCCUACUGUAUGUAUGAACAGUGGUCUGAGUUAUUACGCGAAACCAUUUUGUUGUGCAGUAUCAAACCUGUAAAUAGCAGAAAUUGUACAUAUCAAUAAAGAGUUUACUAUUUGUUUUGUGGCUUGUUAUGCAGCAAAUGAUUCAGUGUCUUGAGGUGUUUUGUUCCAGCGUUCUAGAAUGUUCACGAGACAAUGAUAUCUUGUAUGAAUCCCACAAUGCUCCAUUUAUUAAACAAAAAAUGUCCACACCAAA